AUGUUUAACUGGCGUCAAAGAACAUGGUCGCCAUUACAAUCCAUGCCAAAGAAGUGUAAGGGAGCGACUUCAUUUGUGUACUGUUCUGGCUAUUUUGAUGGUAUGAUUAGAAUGAAUAUCAACCGAAACCCUGAUCUCUCAAUGCACUGGAGUGAGUGUCCUGUUAAACUACCAGCUAAGUUGGCAUACCACAGCAGUGUGCUGUAUAAUGAUCACUUGAUAGUCACUGGUGGUUAUAAUGGAAAUGCAGUAUCGGACUGUAUUCAUGAAGUGCAGCUAGUGCCUCCGUAUACUGUGAAGACCUUAUCAAGAAUGCCAGAACCAAGACAGUAUCACAGCACGCAAUUAUUUGAUGAUAACUUGUUGAUUGUUGGUGGAAAAACAACUGCCAGAUACCAAGACACCCUCAGCAGUGUCGUACUGUAUGAUAUAAAGAAGAAUGAAUGUAAACAGAUGACACCACUGCCGUAUGAAGUGAGUGAGAUGGCAACUGUGAGAUGGGGAGACAACAUUGUUGUUAUAGGUGGCGCUGACAAACGUGGCAAUAUAUUGAAUUCAGUUGUCAUGUACAAUGUCAAGACUGAACAAAGUCACUUGUUGCCGCCAAUGAGAUGUAAGAGACUGGCAUGUACUGCAGUUGUUAUUGGAAACAACAUUGUAGUACUGGGAGGGUGGGGAAAGAAGUCAGUUGAAGCUUUCAACUUUGAAAGUUAUUCUUGGCAAGAACUUCCAGAAAUGUCUCAAGAAAGAUGGUUUUCCACUGCUGUUGUUGUGUGAACAAUGUAAGAAUGUUGAAUGGAUCUCUUUAAGAUAAUAAGUUGACUUUAAUCAUAUUGUGAACAACUAAAGUAGAAAUUUAGUAAUAUGUUAUGAUAGUUUGGUGUAUGCAUGUAAUCAAAAUUAUAUUCAGUUUUUAACCAUGCAUAUGGUAAUAUUGAAUUAAUUUUUUUGAGUGAAAAGUAUACCCUAGUCAAACAAGGAUGAGAGUUGAUAAAAGUUGCAACUCUCGCUCGCGUUUACUGAGCGCCAACUCUCAUCGCAUUAAGGCCUGAUUCCACGGGCGCUUUUUCUCGGCGAAAUGCGAAAUAUUUCGCCUGUUUCUUUUGAAUUGUGAGCAUUCAAGUAGAAAUAAUUUAUUCGAGUGGUCGCAAUUCAAACGAAAUAAUUCGCAUUUCGCCGAGAAAAAGUGCUCGUGGAAUCAGGCCUUUACAGACGAUAUAUGUAUACUGUAUUCACGCAUUUAAGAUCUAUAGAGCGCCUUCGAUUAAGACCGCAUGCAUGUGAGAUGAGAAAUUGACUUUGCGAUGUCAUUAAGCGCCGCAUAACUAUAUCUAUUGAAUAUACUUGAUUAAGCGAUCGAUAUUUGAUUAUGAAAUCAUUUCCCCACUUCUAUAGUUUCCGUAUUUUCAAAUGAGAGAUUAUUCAAAUAUUUUUAUGGAAGCGAUCUUUGUCUUUUGCUCCAAACGAAAGAUUUAAAGCGAAUUGUGACGCAGAUCAGAUUUAUCCAGAUCGAUCAUAUAAUGUUGUGCUCAGUCUAUAUACAUUAUUAGGAUUGACUUUCUCUUGGUAU